AUGAACAUCAUGAUGGUAGCUCAAGGUGCUUGCGAUGCGAUGGUUGAAUACGGACUUCAUGCAUGGGACAUUGCUGCAGCGGCGGUGAUAGUUUCCGAAGCCGGUGGUUGUGUGAUCGAUCCCACAGGUAGGCCAUUCAUUUGGUGCCUCCCUUGUUUAUUAUUCAUAGCAUCACUGUAUUGA